ACUUGGCUCAUUUUCACGUUUUCUAGACUGAGUUCUAUCACUCAACAUGGCAGAAAACAACUUAGAACUAGAAGAGGUUGACCCAAGCGUGGAAUUUUUGUAUAAAACGAUGUUACAAAGAGAUCCAAAGAAACGCAGAGUGAAACCAGUGCAGCGUCAUCUCAUACAGGUGGACUUUGGAGGAGGAGACGAUAGCGAUGAUGAUAGCGACUUUGAUGUAGAAAAACAUCACAAAGGCUCAGAUGACUCGGAUGCUGCUGAGCUAAGUGAGAAGGAUGACAACAAUGAUGACAAUGAAGAUGAUGAUAGUGAUGAGGAUGAUGAUUCCAGUGAUUCAUCUAGUGAAGAUGAAUAUCCUAAAGAAGAAAAGCGUGCAACAGAAGGAGUCAAAAUCGAGACUACGAGUCUGGAGGUCCCGUCUGGAAUUGAUGUCAAACAGGAAGGAGUUUCCGGCUCUGGUGGAAAUGGAGUGGUUGUGGCGAGCAGCCUACCAGCCAGCAGUGUGUAUCCUCUUUACAGACACAAACAGAUCCGGGUCACUAUCUGUUGUGUCUGCCUUGGAGAUAUCAGUGAAGAAGAUGAUGAGAUUGUCGAAUGUGACAACUGUGGAGUUUCUGUCCAUGAAGGUUGCUAUGGUAUCAGUGAGAACCAAUCAAAUGCCAGCACUGAAUCGUCAGCCAGUACAGAACCCUGGUUCUGUGACGCCUGUAAGGCCGACUGUAAACCAACUUGCGAACUUUGUCCGAAUCCCGGUGGGAUAUUUAAAGAAACAGAUGCGGGAAAGUGGGUACACCUAGUCUGUGCUCUCUACACUCCUGGUGUUGCCUUUGGAGAUGUGGACAAACUCAGCCCUGUUACCCUGUUUGAAAUGCCCUACUCAAGAUGGGGUGCACGGGAAUGUUCGCUGUGCGAGGAUGCUCGGUUCAGCAGAACAGGUGUGUGUAUCAGCUGUGAUGCGGGCAUGUGUAGGACUUACUUUCAUGUAACAUGUGCCCAGAAGGAAGGACUGCUGUCUGAGGCUGCUCCUGAAGAAUGCAUGGACAUUGCCGAUCCUUUCUUUGCCUACUGUAAGAUGCAUGCUGAUAAAUUGAUGGCUCGGGCUAAGCGGAGAAAUUGGCUCGCCAUACAGUCACAUAUCAAGAAACACACAGAGAAAGUGAUCGAGGACGAGAAGGAAAAGACACGAUUUGACAGAAAACUAAACAGACAUAGACAAAAGUACAGAAUAUCAAAAUUCAAGCGGCCGCCAUCAUGGGUACCGACACAGAAGCUGGUGAGAUAUCUGACAUCGAGUCCCUCCUGCGUAAAGAAGAUGCUACGGAAGGCAGAGCUGAUGGGAAUCAUUACCCAGGUACAGCAUGUCACAGAGGAGAAACAGGAGAUGCGCAAGAAAACGCAUAUAUCUCCGGCUUUGUCUGUGGAGUUCAUCAGCUACUACCUUGAAAGGAACAGUAAGAUUGAUAACAUCAAAAGAAACAUCACAGAGAAUGUUACACAGAACAGUAUGCUGCAAAAACAGGAGAGCAUCCUCCGCCGUCAGUAUGACCAGCUGCUUGCUGAUAUUGACCGCCUAAAGGACCACUCACAGCGAUUGAAACAGGAGGGAUCGAACAUGUACAGCAUGCUUACAGAGAUGAUGGUCAAGCCUCUCACUAUGCCAGAGAUGUUCAAUACCAAGAGAGCCCCAGUCAAAACCCCAACAAGACACGAUAGUGUACCCUGUGUCUCACCUCCUGCCAUCAUUAACCAGUGUGCUGUGUGUAAAAAGUCCUGUAAUCCACAUCUACUGGUGAAGUGUGACCUAUGUAAAAAGUAUUACCACCUGGGCUGUCUGGAACCACCACUCACUCGCAUGCCCAAGAAAACCAAGCUGAUGGGCUGGCAGUGUUCCGAGUGUGAUAACUCCAGCAGCGGUCCGGAGGAGGGCAAUAAGGAGGACAUCAAUGCUCCACGUCGACUACGAGAGAAAAUCAAAGAGCCUUUCAAAUGGUCACCUGACCUUAAAUAUGAAUUUGAAAAGUUACCAUCAAAGUACAGCGUGAAGAGUGGUACCAAGAAGGGAAGACAGAAGAAACGAGUAAACAAGGAGGAUGUAUCAGUCGCGGAGAGUCCCUCCACCAGUAGACCGAGUGUGGAUAAAUUUAGUCCCUCCACCAAUAGACCGAGUGUGGAUAAAUUUAGUCCCUCCACCAGUAGACCGAGUGUGGAUAAAUUUAGUCCCUCCACCAAUAGACCGAGUGUGGAUAAAUUUAGUCCCUCCACCAAUAGACCAAGUGUGGAUAUAUCUGACACUCCUGUAACUAAGACUGAACCAACACCAGAUACAUCAAUUAAGCUAAGUCAGCCUCCACCAUCCAAGAAACAGAGAGGAGGAAAAGAGGAACACUUUCGUGGGGAGUUGAUGUGUGUUGUGUGUAACGGGCUGGGAGACUUCACCAACACUGUCAGCUGUGAUGAGUGCAAGCUUAGUUACCACUUCGGAUGCUUUGGACCCUCCUGCCAAGAAGUCUCCCAAACAGCGAGGAUACUCCUGGCAUUGUGAGGCAUGUGAUCCUACAGACAACUCGGAGGACGAGGAAGAGGAUAUGGAAGAUGAUGGUGGCAACAAGAAUGAAGAAAAUGAGGGAAAAUAAAACAUUUCCUGUACACACACUGUAGUGCUAUAUCUAUAUGUGACUGGACCAGUAGCUGAAAUAGUACAAGUAGUGAAGUACUUCUGAUAAAUAGAUGGACAUAUUCAGUAUUUGUAAGAGAAGAUUCCAAUUUGUUAAGAUUGUUUUGUAUUCUUAACAGAAGAGAGUGAAGUAUCUUGGGGUAUGUCGUGAUCAGUAAGUUUAUCAUUAUCCCCAGCAUCAUCAUUCGGGAUGAAGCAUUCCAUUCGUACAUCAGAGUGUUCACCUUUUGUCAGCGUUCUAUCAACUUCAUUUUAAACAGACCUUGAACAUAUACCUCAUGGUCAAAUAUUAGAAUACCUGGAAUGAGUUUGUGUUUCAGGGUGCCAAGAUCAAGAAUGAGGUCACUAUUACUACCUAUAGAAAAUCUCUGUCAGUCCUUUCGUAAUUUAAUAUUUAACCGAUUUUAAAUCAGCUUCAUAUGAGAUGACCUGAACAUGUGCCAUGGUCAAGGACAAGGUUACUGUUACUAUUUUAGAAAAUCAUUGUUAGUGCUCUUUGAUGGAUUUUUGUUCAAACUUCAUAUAUAAUUGUUCAAAUAUGAGAAAACCUCAAGUGAGUUGAUCUCGGCGCUUAUCACUGGGUAUAUCAGUGGGUCUAUCAAGGGGAUUGUAUCCUUUGUCCUUAAAGGAAUUUAAUAAUUUUGUAUGUUAUGUUAGCACUGUAGUCCAUAAGGUUAGCAUUGUUUACUCUGUGAAAUAAGAGGCAACUGGCUGUGGUCAACCUAUUGUUAUCUGAUGUGAAAUAAGAGGCAACUGACCGUGGUCAACCUAUUGUUAUCUGAUGUUACUGAGCUGACGUCGUACAUUUCUUGCCGUGUAAUCCUCUAACAUUGUGGUAAUGAGUUUUGUGAUGAUUGUCUUAUAUUGAAGCCAAAACACAUCCACAAACUAUGAGAAAGAAUGUGCCAUAUAUAUGUUUAUAUCUGACUAAGUAUGAUAGCAUCUGUUAGAUCAACAUAACACAGAGCUCCAGGAACUAUCUGUAUUAUAAACUUUACCUGGGUUGUGAAAAAAGUAAAAUACAAAUAUAUUUACAGUGCUGAACCUUAAUAGCACAGUGUAUCUCUUACAAGGAGCCCGUUUCCUACUUUUGGGUUGUGAAACAGUUGCUGGUGUACUAGCUGAACCAUAGCCAUGAUUGUCAGUUUAUGGAUGCUUUAGUUCUGUAUAAUGAAGAGCAUAUAAAGUUGAAUUGAGUUGAGUGAAGGAAAGAUUUCUGAUUUUACUUUGAUACAUGUUUAAUAUGUAAAUACUUAUUUACAAGUGCAAUAAAUGUUAAAAUGUGA